AUGCGACGACAGUGCUGGAUGAUAGUGCUAGCGGGGAUGAUGUCGUAUUUCAACCCGGAGAGAGCCCUAGGAGCCCCGCAGAGAGAAGUCUCUCAAUCUAGGGGUGCCACCCUCUCUCCACCGCCCUAUGUUGUCAUUCUCAUCUCUUGCUCCGGACUUGUUUCCUUUGUCCUGUUACUCCUGGCCUGCCUUUGCUGCAAAAGAGGAGGAGUGGGAUUCAAUGAGUUUGACAAUGCCGAGGGGGAGGAAUGCUCCGGGGCCUCCAGCCCACCCCCUGAGGACAGCCUGUCCUCCUGCCCCUCUCUGCCUGAGGUCUAUACCUUGCCCCUUCGAGACAGGGCUAUAUGCCCUGCUAUACAGGACAGCUCAGCUUCUCAGUGCUUUCGAAGGCACACCUUGAAUUAUCUUCAGGAGAUUGGCAAUGGCUGGUUUGGAAAGGUUAUUUUGGCAGAGGUGCUAUGUGACUGCAGCUCAUCCCAAGCUGUGGUAAAGGAGCUGAGAGUCAAUGCUAGCCCACUGGAGCAAAGGAAGUUUCUGGCGGAAUCUGAGCCUUACAGAAGCCUGCAGCAUCCCAAUGUACUCCAGUGCCUGGGUCAGUGCAGUGAGAACAUUCCAUUUCUUCUAGUCAUGGAGUUCUGUCAGCUGGGUGAUUUGAAGAGGUAUUUGAGAGCUCAGAGAAAAUCAGAUGGUAUGACACCUGACCUUUUGACAAGGGAUCUUCUGACUCUGCAACGUAUGGCAUAUGAAAUUACCUCUGGGCUGUUACACCUUCAUGAAAAUAACUACAUUCACGGUGAUUUGGCUUUAAGGAACUGCCUUCUUACAUCAGAUCUGACUGUCAGAAUAGGAGACUAUGGUUUGUCCCACAACCAUUAUAAGGAGGAUUACUAUUUAACUCCAGACAAGCUGUGGAUCCCCUUACGUUGGAUUGCCCCUGAGCUACUGGAGGAAUUUCGGGGAAGCUUGAUAGUCACUGACCAGACAAAAACCAGCAAUAUGUGGUCACUUGGGGUGGUGAUAUGGGAACUUUUUGAGUUUGGCUCUCAGCCACACAGACAUCUCAGUGAUGAAGAAGUGUUAACCUUUGUGAUUCGAGAGAGGCAGAUAACUUUGGCACAGCCCAGACUUAAACUCUCACAUGCUGACUACUGGUAUGAGGUCAUGCAGUCCUGUUGGCUUCCCCCAUCCCAACGCCCAUCUGUUGCAGAAAUCUUCCUCCUCCUAUCUUCUCUGUUAGCUGCUGAACGUGGAAUGGGCAGAAGAAGUGUGGGAGAGGAGGAUGAAGAUGACGAUGAAGUUGAGGAUGAAGAAGAAGGUGGGAGAGGAAGGAGAUGGGAGAGCGAGGAGUCCUUUGAGCGGCGCUGGGACUCCCUCCGUCCUCCAGCUUUUCAAGCAGCAGCAAGCGAGCGGCAAAGAGAGAGGGAACGAGAAAGGGGGGAAGGAGGCUGCAGGGGUGCCAAUGGCAACUCCUUCCCUCUGCUUGACCCGGUGGGAAACACAAUCACUCCUUCAUCAUCCGAACUUGAUGACAUAUUAACUGUAACAGAGACCAGCAAAGGAUUGAACUUUGAGUACUUCUGGGAGAAGGCUCACGGUAGACGUGGUUAUAAACCUCUGCCCCCUCCACAGCCAAUCCCAACCACUAACUCCGCCCACAGACAUUCUCUUGACACGCCCACUGUAGUCCCAGUGAUCAGUGCUCGCAGCCCUUCUUUAGCUAGUGAAUACUACAUCCGCUUGGAGGAACAUACCCCACAGGAUAAAUCCCCAACUCUUAAAGGGAAAGCGCACUCUUUGCCUGGAGCAAAAGGUCACCAUGCCCUGAGAUCGGACUCAAUGUGCCCUGGGGAUUUGGAGCUUGUGGAAAUCCGGAGUAAUACAGUUGGGAAGGACAGGGCUGUGUUCAGCCCUCAGGAUGAGCAUGAAAAAGGCGGCAGGUUCCUUCAGACUGUAAAGUCUUGUGAAGUUCAAGUGCUGGUUCCCAACACUGGUUUGGUUGAGUUCAGUAAAGAGGGAUGCCAGAGGGUGACAGACUUUGCUGUGGUUGACAUUGGGGAUAAAGAAGAAGGAAUAGAAGGAGAGCCCCACCCCUUGGAUACCACAGAGCUCAUGGGUUGCCUCACUUCUCUAGUUCCUCCUAUCCAAGGGAUGAAGAGAACUCAAUCUCGUCUUGCCACCAUUCUCCCCGCCAUUUGGAAAGAAGAUGCUGAGAUGCAGAAGGAGAGUGCAUCAGCAUCCAAAAAGUCCCCCAUGCACCUAUUUCUGACUGAGAUCUCCAAUGUCAGUGAGUCUGCAGACACAAAAUCUGAGGAAGGUUCAUGGGACUUGGAGAAUGACUUGAAAAGUGAGGGUCAAAAAGAGGGUGAAAGAACAGAGGCCUUUCUAUGUCCUCCCCAUAGCCAUGGUAUGCGGCGUUCCCAAUCACUGGUGACAGAGCUGGGCUCUGCAGGAUUCUGCGAUGUCACCUUUGACAUCCAGUUCUUUGGAUUGUUUGACACCUGGAGACCCUUGGGGAGGAGGAGGCAGUGGGUGGAGAGCUGUGGGUGA